CGCAUUUCGCCUCCAUUUGCGUCGCGGCCGCCUCUGCGAUCCACCUCCAUCGCGCGCCGCUCGUCUCGGCCGAAGGUUCGCGCACAGCCUCCCAAUUCCAGAUCUACACCGCCCUGCCUCCGUUGAAGCACCACCGAGCCUCCGCAAUCGUUUGACCCCGUUUCUCUUUGAUUCUCAUCUAUCCGGGAUUUUCAGUGUGAGACUCGUAUUCUGAUGCAAUUGUUCCUCGUUCUACAGGAGGGAAAAAGGGGAGUCUUCAUCAACUUAAAGGGCAUGGGGAAAGUUAAUGAUGGAAUUUUGUGCUUUAUUUUCCCAAUUUUUGUCACUAUUAUAGUGGUCCGUUUGAUGUAUGUGCUGUAUUGGGUCAGAAAACCGAAUAGAUCUUUGAGAACGGAUAAUCUAAGAACGCUCAUUGUCCUUGGCUCAGGGGGGCAUACAGCCGAAAUGCUUAGAAUUGUAAAUGUCCUCCAGAAGGAUAGAUUUGCUCCGAGAUUCUACAUUGCAGCUGCAACAGAUAGCAUGAGUCUGCAAAAGGCUAAAGUUUUGGAGGAUUCUUUGAUCCAACAAGAGAACAGUGGAAGAAAGAUGGUUGAAGCUUCCCAGUUUAUUCAGAUCUAUCGAAGUCGUGAAGUAGGACAAUCAUAUGUAACCUCUAUUGCAACAACUUUGAUAGCAUUGGCACAUGCAGUGUGGCUAACUUUCAGAAUCAGACCUCAAGUGAUUAUUUGUAAUGGUCCUGGUACCUGCAUACCUCUUUGUACUUCUGCAUUUCUAUUCAAGUUGGUUGGCCUAGGAUGGUCGAACAUUUUUUACGUGGAGAGCAUUGCACGCGUGAGGAAGGUUUCAUUAAGUGGCUUGUUGCUUUAUAAGCUACUCCUUGCUGAUCAGUUCUAUGUGCAAUGGCCCCAGUUGCAAAAGAAAUAUCCUAGGGCACAACUUGUUGGUUGUCUCAUGUAAAAAACAGAAAGCUCUGAUGUUACUCAUCCAGUACAAACAGAUUCCUGUAUACUAGUUGGACAACAGAAGACCUAAGUGCAAGCUUCAAUACAACAACAAAAAUUUAGAACUAUGCAGUUCUCUUGAAUCUUUGUCCACAAAAAGUUAUCUCAAAGCUGCUAGCUUCUUGUGAUUUAUGACAUUUGGUUUUCUUUUUCUCCUAUUAUGGAUAUCAAUGGCUGAGCUAAUUACAAGGAUUUGGUUUAUAGUUUAAUGGCACUCAUCAAAGAUUGUUGGCA